AUGCCGGUCAUGAAGGGGUUGCUGGCCCCGCAGAACACCUUCCUGGACACCAUCGCCACUCGCUUCGACGGCACGCACAGCAACUUCCUGCUGGCUAACGCCCAGGGCCCACGGGGCUUUCCCAUUGUCUACUGUUCCGACGGCUUCUGCGAGCUCACAGGCUACGGCCGCACCGAGGUCAUGCAGAAAACCUGCAGCUGCCGCUUCCUCUAUGGUCCAGAGACCAGUGAGCCAGCCCUGCAGAGGCUGCACAAGGCUCUGGAGGGCCAUCAGGAGCACCGCGCUGAAAUCUGCUUCUACCGAAAGGAUGGCUCAGCCUUUUGGUGCCUCCUGGACAUGAUGCCCAUCAAGAAUGAGAUGGGGGAGGUCGUACUUUUCCUCUUCUCCUUCAAGGACAUCACUCAGAGCGGAGGCCCAGGACUUGGCCCCCCAGGAGGCCAUGGCGAUAGUAAUCAUGAAAACUCCCUUGGCAGGAGGGGAGCCAGCUCAAGACUUCGAUCUGCCAGGAGGCAGAGCCGUACUGUCCUACACCGACUGACCGGCCACUUUGGCCGCCGGGGCCAGAGAGGCAUGAAAACCAAUAACGUGUUUGAGCCAAAGCCAUCAGUGCCCGAAUACAAGGUGGCCUCCGUGGGGGGGUCCCGCUGCCUCCUCCUCCACUACAGCGUCCCCAAGGCCAUCUGGGAUGGCCUCAUCCUCCUCGCCACCUUCUACGUUGCUGUCACUGUCCCCUACAACGUCUGCUUCUCGGGUGAUGACGACACCCUCAUCACCUCCCGACACACCCUUGUCAGCGACAUCGCCGUGGAGAUGCUCUUCAUUCUGGAUAUCAUCCUGAACUUCCGCACCACCUAUGUGUCCCAGUCUGGCCAGGUGGUCUCUGCUCCUCGUUCCAUUGGCCUCCACUACCUGGCCACCUGGUUCUUUGUUGACCUUAUUGCUGCUCUACCUUUUGACCUGCUUUAUGUCUUCAACAUCACCGUGACAUCUCUGGUGCACCUGCUGAAGACGGUGAGGCUGCUGCGGCUGCUGAGGCUGCUGCAGAAGCUGGAGCGGUACUCGCAGUGCAGCGCCGUGGUGCUCACACUGCUCAUGUCGGUCUUUGCGCUCCUUGCCCACUGGAUGGCCUGCGUCUGGUAUGUCAUCGGGCGCCGGGAGAUGGAGGCCAACGACCCGCUGCUCUGGGACAUCGGCUGGUUGCACGAGCUGGGCAAGCGGCUGGAGGUGCCCUAUGUCAACGGCUCAGCGGGCGGCCCAUCGCGGCGCAGCGCCUACAUCGCCGCGCUCUACUUCACGCUGAGUAGCCUCACGAGCGUGGGCUUCGGCAACGUGUGUGCCAACACCGACGCCGAGAAGAUCUUCUCCAUCUGCACCAUGCUCAUAGGCGCGCUGAUGCACGCCGUGGUGUUCGGGAACGUGACGGCCAUCAUCCAGCGCAUGUACUCGCGCCGCUCACUCUACCACAGCCGCAUGAAGGACCUCAAGGACUUCAUCCGCGUGCACCGCCUACCGCGGCCACUCAAGCAGCGCAUGCUCGAGUACUUCCAGACCACGUGGGCGGUCAACAGCGGCAUUGACGCCAACGAGUUACUGCGUGACUUCCCAGAUGAGCUGAGAGCUGAUAUUGCUAUGCACCUGAAUCGGGAGAUCCUGCAGCUGCCCCUGUUUGGAGCAGCGAGCAGGGGCUGUCUGCGGGCUCUCUCCCUACACAUCAAGACCUCAUUCUGCGCUCCUGGCGAAUACCUGCUGCGCCGCGGGGAUGCCCUGCAGGCGCACUACUACGUCUGCUCUGGCUCGCUGGAGGUGCUCCGCGACAACAUGGUGCUGGCCAUCCUGGGGAAAGGAGACCUGAUUGGGGCGGAUAUCCCCGAGCCUGGGUCAGGCACAACUCCAAGCUGCGUGCUGAAGACCAGUGCUGACGUGAAGGCACUCACCUACUGUGGCCUGCAGCAACUGAGCAGCCAAGGGCUGGCCGAGGUCCUGAGGCUCUAUCCUGAGUAUGGAGCUGCCUUCCGGGCUGGCUUGCCCCGGGACCUCACCUUCAACCUGCGCCACGGCUCUGAGACCAAUGGCCUCUGCCGCUUUUCCCGAUCCCCUCGCCUCUCCCAGCCGCGCUCGGAGAGCCUGGGUUCCUCCUCAGACAAGACCCAGCCAUCCAUCACAGAGGCCGAGGCUGGGGCCGAGCCUGGCGGUGGUCCCAGGCCCCGGCGGCCCCUCCUGCUGCCCAACCUCAGCCCAGCGCGGCCCCGGGGCUCCCUGGUCAGCCUCUUGGGGGAGGAGCUGCCCCCUUUCUCAGCCCUUGUCUCCUCUCCUUCCCUGUCCCCAGCCCCUUCCCCUGCCCUGGCUGGCCGGGGCCACAGCCCCUCCCCUCAUGGCCCCCCCAGGGGCUCUGCUGCCUGGAAGCCCCCCCAGCUUCUCAUUCCCCCACUGGGAACCUUUGGACCUCCGGACCUCAGUCCCCGGAUAGUGGAUGGUAUUGAGGACUCUGGCAGCACGGCAGAGGCCCCUACGUUCCGGUUCAGCAGGAGGCCUGAGCACCCUAGAUCUCGCUUGCAGGCCUCUCCUACAGGGCCCACGCCCAGCCAGGAAGCCGCCCCUGAGGCUGAGGAGGUGAAGGAAAAGGUCUGCAGACUGAACCAGGAGAUUUCCCGUCUCAACCGAGAAGUGUCUCAGCUUAGCCAGGAACUUCGACACAUGAUGGGCCUGCUGCAGGCCAGACUGGGUCCCCCGGGCCACCCAACAGUCUCGGCUUGGCCCCCACACCCUCCUUGCCCACCUCAGAGGCCUCCAUGCAGUUCUCCUUAUAUGUCCGGACCACCACCUGGCCUCCUCGAUACUACUCGGGCUGAGAUCCACUGCCCGGCCAGUGUGGGGACAGCAGAGAUGGGGGCUGCCCCCCUCGGCCUGAGACCCUCUGUACGGUCCCCCUACCCUUCCGAGCCUGACCCUCUGGGACCCUCCCCAGUGCCAGAGGCCCCGCCUCCAAACUCAAGCCUCAUGAGGCACAGCUUUCGGUCCAGGUCAGACACGAUCCACUGACACCGGCCAUGGGCCCAGGCCUGUCUGGGGUGGGUGCUGCUGCCUGCCAUCCAGGGAGGGGCUGGGCCCCUUGGCCUCCUGCCUUGGGUCAGCAGCCACCAGCGGGUCUGGUUGGCUCUGGAUUCUCUGACCUUUUUUAACCAAGUCUGGUCACUUGUGACUCUUCUGUUUUCCCAAACCUUCCUCUAUUCUCCUCUGUGAGGGGAGCCAUCUGAGGCCGUGGAACCCAACAGGCAUGAGAUGGACCGCAGUGCCCAUUAAGCUGGGCAGAUGAGAUGUCUGGCUUUCUCCCCAGGACCU